UCAGCCGCAUGGCGGUGGCCGGGCCCUGCCAGGCCGCGGCUCUGGCCCGGUGGAGCAGCAGCCGCCCCGCGGAGGGAAGGGUGCGGAAAACGGCUCCGGGGUGGGCCCGCUGUUCGUGAUUCUCGGCCCUGGAGCCCGGCGGCUGCAUCCCCCCAGGGGUCACCGCGUGUGUCUGCCGCUCCCCCGCGCCGCUGCUUCUGCCGGCGGACACUGCGGGGCUCGGGGUAGCCUUCAUUUUCAAAUCGAAGAGCCUGCUGUUGAAACAGCAGAAGAAGCUAAGGAACCAGCAGAGGCAGACAUCAAUGAACUCUGUAAAGACAUGUUCAACAAAAUGGCCACUUAUUUAACAGGUGAACUGACAGCCACCAGUGAAGACUAUAAACUCUUGGAAAACAUGAAUAAGCUGACUAGCUUGAAGUACCUAGAAAUGAAAGAUAUCGCUAUAAACAUCAGUAGAAAUCUGAAGGAUUUAAAUAAAAAAUAUGCUGCUCUUCAGCCAUAUCUGGAACAGAUCAACCUAAUUGAGGAACAGGUUGCAGCUCUGGAGCAGGCAGCUUAUAAAUUGGAUGCAUAUUCCAAAAAACUUGAAGCCAAGUACAAAAAACUGGAGAAACGGUGAAAUUGCAACAGUUUUUAAGUUGGAGUUGGGCUAUGAGUCAGACUGAUUUCUAUCUAAGUUGCACAAUAGCAAUUCUGUAUGUUGACAAGGAUCUGGUUACAGCUAACAUCAAAGCUGAUAACUUUUUUUGUCUAUUGACUACAGUAGGCUGUAUUCAGGCUUAAGGCUGAAUAAUAUUUUCCUCUUCUCAAGAGGUUCUCUUGCCUUAGUUGUUCUGCAGUGAAAAGUAGAAGCCUGUUCCUAACCCCUAUGUUGAUACUGGCUGUGUGUUAGUCCUAUGUCCCACAUGAAACAAUCUUAUCUAGGAAAAGCCCUUCAGAACCUAGAAAGACCUUAUCCCUUAGUAACAGCUAGACCUAAACUUCAUUUUUAUGUUCACUAAGCUCUGUGUUGAGAAGAUACCUGGGCCUUUGGAGUUAUGAGCAUGGUAUUGAGAACACUUCAUUUUGGUAUCCACCUUUAUCGGUUUAAAAUAGAGAGAUUAAUUAUUAUAAAUUUACAAUAAAAUAACUUGCUACAUUUGUCUCAUGAAUUACAAAUUCCUGUUGGAAAGAUUA